AUGGCCAAGAGAGCAUUGGGUAUUGGGAAGCAAAACAAAACUGCGAAAAAGCAGAAAAAAUCUGAUUCCCCCACACCAGAGCCCACUCCCGCCAGCCAAAUUCAAGUUGAGAUUGAGGAAGGCGUUGAUCCAGAUGACGAGCUUGUCCAGCUGAGGGGCCUAUGGAAGACAUACUUUAACUCGGACAGAGACGACGAGCUUGUGCUAAACGGUAUCGUUCAUGAAUGCGACCGCUUGUUGCGUGAAAAAGAAAACACCGAGCAGGCCAAAGACAAGGAAAAGCCGCACACUGAGCUUUCAGAUGAGUUCCACGCCAUCUACGCUUUGGCGUUGAGCGAACUGACAAUUUUCCGGGCAGGCGACGAGAGUAUGGACGAGAAAGACUGUCGGAAGGCAGUUGCCCAGUUUUUCGAUGCUGCCCUUGAAAGAUGCGACAUUGGGCUCUCCCAGUUCCCAGAUUCUGGUUUACUCAAGCUGACCCACGCCAAGAUUGUGCUGCAAAGAAUUCCACUUCAAUACAUCUCGAAGCUGACGAGCGAGAGCAAGAACGCCAAAAAGUUGAAGCUUCAUGAGCAGCUCGAGCAGGCUAAGCGGGAUCUUGUGCUGGACUUCAAGUACCGGGACCUGGUAUUUGACGUACUGCAGCUCUUGGAUGACCUGCUAGAUAUCUGCGAAAACUGGGGCCAAGGUGCUGACGACGACGAAGAGCCUCUUGGCAGUGACACUGAAGAGCAGGUGCGUGACCUUGAACUUCCUGCCGAGCACCCUCUCUCACAAAUUCGUGCGGAAACUCCAGAGAAUUUCUCUUUCUUGCGCGAGAAGCUCAAGGAGCUUUUGGCUACUCUUCCUAAGCCCGAUACCAAGGAUGUUGACAGCAAAGACGUUGAGCUUUACCGCUCUGUGGCUAGGAAACUUGGGCAAUUGCAUUUGAGAGCAGCUGAGCCUGCAUCUCAAGCUUUCCUGCUUCUGACCUAUGAGUCUACCGGCGAGAAAGAGAUGCAUGGCUUUUCAGCGCCCCAGGCACAAGCGGAGGCACUUAGUCUUGUGAGGGCCGCUGUAAAAUACUUGGAAGAAGCGCGCGAAGAUGACGAGCCACAGACGUGGGUUGACAUUGCCGAAGCGCUCACCAGUCUUGGAAACCUGUACGACGCGGAAAGCAAAGAGCAAGAAGAAUGCUACAAGAAGGCCGAAGACAUACUGAAGAAAGCCAACAAAGCUACUCAUGGCAAGUAUCAGGACGUCCUAGACAACUUGUUAGAGGCAAAGGACUGA